CGGCCUCUGAAGGCGCCCCCUCUUCGUAGCAGUUCAUUGGCCGUCAAAUGGUAGAACAGCUUCGAAGGAGGAAUUGCAAUCUUUCGUACCAGGACAUAGUGACUGCGACUGAGAUAAGUUUCGAUUUCACACUGAAGAGCGAGACAAGCGUGAUUCAGCGAUGAAUCAUACCAAAUAAAUUGGUCUUCUGAAGUACUGGCGUUUUGUUUUCAUCUCAGAGAAUGGAGGAUAUUGUGGAUCGGCCGAAAUGGUUGUUGGAACUGGAAAAUCGCAAGCGAAAGCCGCGUUUAGCGCAUGAAACUGGAGCUGGUGCGCCGUGCGUUAAUUGUAAUUCCGGAUGUCCCGGGCUUGACCUGCAUUUUUGGCGAAAGAUCUGCAAGAAUUGCAAAUGCGGUCGGGAUGAUCAUGAUGUGGAUGACGAUGAUUUUCUACAGUUUGAUCUGUUAUUCGGGCCAAGUAAAAAAUUUAGGAAGAAAUCCAUGUGUUUGAAAAUAAAUAACAGGAAACACCAUGAGGGUGAAACGAUAUUCGAAUGGGUGCCGCCGGAUACGACUAAGGAACUCGCUAUGGAUUAUAUGAAAGCUUUGCCAGCAGAGAAAUUGCCGAUUAAAGGAUCUACCGGUGCCGUUUUAAGGAGGCAAUUAUUACAGAAACAGCUACCACUUCACGAUAUCAAUCAUAAAGCAUGCGACGAACUUAGUGAACAAGAGCAGAAGCAGUUUGAAAAAUAUUUAGAGAGCAUAAAGAAAUAUGUGGGGCAAGGUAAAGUUAUGAAGAUGUUAGGCGCUCGUCCCUUCGAUCGUUCUCUUAUGACGCCUAUCAACGCAACCGACAUGCAACGUAGUCCGCAGCGAAAACCUCACGUACCAUCCACUGGUGUUCAAUUACGUACACCAAGCAGCUUCGCUGCAAAAAGCCCAUCAAAGCAUCUGUACAAAACUCCAAAUAAACAGGAUAUUGGAGCUGUAAACGACAAUGAAGUGUAUACCGCGGAAGAAUACAAGUGUCCAGUGGAUAAUGUAUCCGCCAAUAUCGCAAAGUCGCAACCAAUCGAGAAGAAAUUCUGCGAGAAUAUCGAACCCGCAGGUGAUGCCGCGAGCAAAAGAGGCAUAAAUAGCAAAGUGGUUAACUUUUCGAUUCCCGCGUGUCUCGCCGAGCAGGAAAUUGUAUCCGCUCGUGAGACGCACACUUCCGGAAAUUACGUGCCGUACGAAAGAAGCGCUACGGAGAGACAUGGAGAGACGCUGAACGACAUCGCGCCGUGUUUCGUGCAUUCCACAACCAUCGACAGCGAGGCGGCUUCUAUCGCGGAAUCCAUGUUGGCGGACGCGUUCCUUCCACCCAGCGCGAUACACGCGAACGACAUUAUAGGCAGCACGCUAGACGAGGAGAAGUUGUCUUUUAUACGAAAUAAACUCGCCGACAAAUAUAACGCGGCGGAGAAUCCAGUGUUGCACGCUGCUCUUCAAUCAUCUCGACCGUUGGACGCGAGCGAUACAUUGCCCUUUAAGGGCAGAAUCAAGAACAAUCACACGAGCAGUAACAAAGACCCGGAAAGAAGAGAGGUUGUGAAAAAUCUUACGAAAACUUCCGCGGAAAAGUCUCCUUUAGAAUCUGAGAGAAAGACGCAUAAACAACCAUCUCAAGUAGUAGAAUCGACUAUCGCUAACAUAAAUGACGAAAAGCAAUGCAGUUGGCUAUCGAAACACAAAGGGACGAGUGAUUCGUCAGCGACGGAGGCGCCUAACGUCGCAACGAAUUCGAGCAAAUCUAAUUGCACGAAUCCUGCUGUUUCACACUCAUCAGAUUCACAAUCUUCUGUUAACGCCAGUCCAUUGCAAGCCGCGCUCAACAACGCAGUUCUACGUCCAACCGUCAUUCAUUCCGAGCAAUUGCAGAACCAGGUGUUCCCUCACGUCGUCGAAAACUUCAACGAGCAACGCAACACGCAGCACGCGGAAUACUUAAAGGACGCCAUGGAAGCUUUAAGAGUAGAUUCGACGAAGCCGCAUAAUUGUGAGAAGUGUCACGAGGAUAUACGCGUUGGUGACGUCGCUAUAACCGCGGAGAAAGCUAACAAUGCAUUCUGGCAUCCCGGAUGCUUCGUUUGCUCGGUGUGCGACGAAUUGUUGGUGGACUUGGUCUACUUUUACUACAAGAAUCAGUUGUACUGCGGAAGAGACCUGGCCGCAUUCUUAGAAAUCCCUCGAUGUUUCGCUUGCGACGAAUUAAUCUUUGUGCGAGAAUACACGGUUGCCGAGGGACACAAUUAUCAUGUAAAACAUUUUUGUUGCUGGGACUGUGAUGUGCCAUUGGCUGGGCAACAAUAUAUCACUGAAAACGAUCGUCCAUUGUGCCUUUCUUGUUAUCAAAAAUCUUACGCCAAAACAUGCGUCGCAUGUAACACAGUGAUCGCCGCUGAUCAACAAGGUGUCGCUAUCAAAGACUUAAACUUCCACGCAACUGAAGCCUGCUUUUGCUGCUAUAGUUGCAAGAAAAACUUGCUAAACGGUAAAAUGGCAAUAAAGAAAGAUAAAUUGUUUUGCAGUAAAGAAUGCAUCUCGAAGUUCCUUAACCAAUAAAUCAUUUAUGAAGAAAUAG